AAACCUAAAGAAAAGCCGAAUAAACUGUAAUUUUAUUAUUCUAAAGUUAUUUUAUCAAAUUUUGGGUAUCAGCCACACUGGCCCCAGCAUAAUCGAAAUAUAAACAAUUGAAAAAUGUCACUGAACUCCAAGCUGAGGGACCUCAUCCUAAACACCCGCGUGCCACUUAUCCUGGACCAGUUCCCGCUGGAAUGGGAUUGCUUCGAGGGCUCCCUCCACGACUGGUGCGAGCGUUUCGACCGGGAGGCCACCGAACCUCCGGAAUUCGAGCUGAUGGCCCUGUCGGACAGCACGACACCCCAGUGGGAGCGGAAGCGGACCAAGGCCAGCCACUUGGGCAUGCAGCAGUUCCUGCGCGAAUAUGGCGUACUGGAGGAGGAUCAAACCCACUGGGCGGCAUAUCAGUACAAGCGUGCCCACGAGAUGCCAGCCAGUUGCCUGAAGGGCAUCGAUUUCUCGUGCUUCGGCUUCCCGGAGCACGGCAACGACUUCAGCCUCUGGCUGGGAUCGGAACAGGCCAACACACCAUGCCACUACGACACCUUCGGCGUGAACAUCGUGGUGCAGGUGCACGGCUUCAAGUCCUGGCUGCUCUUUCCGCCCGAAACGCCACUGCAGAGCACGAGGAUUCCGUACGAGGAGUCCAGUGUCUACUGCCUGGAAAACUUCUACGCCCCGGAUCCGGAGAAGAUGCAGCGUUAUGAGGAACUAGGCCGCGAUGCCUAUCAUUGCACCCUGCAGGCCGGCGAUGUGCUCAUCGUGCCACGCCACUGGUGGCACUACGUCGAGGCCAUGUCCACCUCGCUGAGUGUCAACUACUGGGUGCCGCUCAAAGCGGACAUGGACCUGGCUCUGGACGAGUUCCUGGUCAAGCACAUCGUGGAGAGCUGCGUCAAGGGCGAGAGUCAAAUGAUAAAGCAGUAUCUCCUCAAUCCCAACCAGCUGGACGAUAUCUCGGCCAAGCCCAGCCAACUGUUUGCCCAGUUCAAGCAGGCGGUGCAGAACAUGGAAAGCGGUCAGAGCAAUCGCAAGCUCUGGGAAACCGACUACAUCAGCCAAGCGGAUUGGCAGAGCCUUCUAAACAGCAUCAACCUGACCGUGCGACCCUUGGAAGUGAUGCCCCAGGAGGAGUACAAGCUGCUGCUGAACAGUAACGCCAGGAGAUUCCAGAUUCCUGGUGCAAGUCCACCCGAGUCCACUCCCAUAUGCUCCACCUGGGAGCUCCUGGUGAGCAGCAUGUGUGCUCCGCGGGUGAUUGCCGGAAUGAAACGGGAGUUCUUCCGGAGACUGCGACAAAGUGAAACGUCAUAGCUGAACAGACAAAUCUAGGGAAAGCACUUUACUGUGAUACGUGAUAAUAUUGUUGCAUAUAUGAGAUUAAAAUCCAGUAAGCCAUCAA